UUUUUUCAGGCGCAGUAAAUUCAUGGAGUAUGUUCAAGUAAAAAGAAAAUAAGAAAUACAAAAGCGGUUAAAAACUACCAACUACUUUUCAAUUCUUUUUCCCUUUUCUCUGAUUCGUGAAUUUUGAACUUCCACAGAAGAGAAGAAACGAAUUUUCAGUGAUGGUUAUUUAAGAGAAAGAGGAAUAACAGUAAGGCUAAAUCAGAGGGGUUUAGAGAGAGAGAGUAACCGAAGAAAGAGGCAUGGCCACAAAUAGUAAAUCGAGUAAUUUGGCGAAACUGAAGCCCGCUGUUGGAGAUGGGCCUUCUUCUUCCAAACCCAGAAUUGAUUCCUCUGCAUCCAAGAAGAAAAUUGUUGGGGGAUCAAUCAGGAAUUCAGCUCCAGAUUCCAAAAAUAGAUCCAUUUUUAGCUCUACCUCCAAAAUGACGAAGAAAACGUCUGCUCAAACGAAAGAUGAUAAGAAAACUGUGAAGAGAACCAGAGAGAAGAAAGUGUAUUCUUUGGCUGGCCAGAAAUUUGAUGUUCCCGAAGAGCGGGAGCCAUUGAGAAUAUUUUAUGAAUCAUUAUCCAAGCAGAUUCCUUCGAGUGAAAUGGCUGAGUUUUGGCUGAUGGAACACGGCAUGCUGUCGCCCGAGAGGUCGAGAAAAGCCUAUGAGAAGAAACAGAGGAAGCAAAAACAGCUCCGUUCGGGCACUCCCAUAAAGUCUCCACCACCGUCCACAUCUAGUAGACCCGAGAGCUCCAAGAAGCCACAGCCGGUUCCCAAGAAUGGCGAAGUAAAAUCUAAGAAACGUAUAAAGGAAGACAGCGACGAUGAGGAUGAUUUCGUGCUAAGCCACAAGUGGAGAAGAGGUUAAACAAACCAUACUCAGAAAAAAAAAAUUUACAACAAUCAUCGCUCGAGGUAACUUAGACGGGCAUCCUUACACUAAGAAAAACGACAAAUUCGACUCAUUCUUUAAAUUUGUGAUGAAACAAUAAAGUUGUUGUAGCAGCCCUCAUUUCAAAUUGUAAUCUUAUGACACUCCAAACUUGCUUAUGGAUCUUAAUCUUGAAUUUAUCAUGUAUUAUUCGUUAUA